CGGUGAUUCCGGAAGCGGAAGUUAAUGCCCGCGUUGUGCCUACCGAUUUUGCGUUCGGCGUGCUACCCGAGCAGACGAGACUUGUUUAUACUAGUGAUUUGACAGUGAGAAUGAUCCGGUGACAGUAUGAGCGACGUGUUUAUCCAAGCUGUGUUUGGCCUGAUCAAGGCAGUGGUGUUUGUCUACGAUGUGGUAGCAUACAUCCCAUAUAUAAUCACUUACAGACCACAGGCCACCCUCAAGAGAUCAAGUAGGAUAAAAGCAACUCCAGUAGAUGGGUCCUAUGGAUCCCCCUACCGUUAUGCAGAUAAUCCUAAGCUUACAACCACACUAUUUCCUGAGUGUAGCACUCUAGACCAUCUGUUCCUGCGGGCUGUCCAGCAGUACACCGACCGACCAUGUCUCGGCACACGGGAGCUGCUCCGUGAGGAGGAUGAGGUCCAGCCUAAUGGCAGAGUCUUCAAGAAGGUGUUGUUGGGGGAAUACAAUUGGCUCACCUAUGCACAAGUGUUUGAGCGAGCCACCAACUUUGGCAGUGGUGUGUUGGCUUGCUCGCAGAGGCCAAGGAGGAAUAUUGUGAUAUUUGCUGAUACCCGUGCAGAGUGGAUUGUUGCAGCACAGGCCUGCUUCAAGUAUAACUUUCCAGUGGUGACAUUGUAUGCCACUCUAGGACAGGAUGCAAUUGUCCAUGGCAUCACGGAGACAGAGGUGACACAUGUUAUAACAUCAGACAGUCUGGUGUCCAAGUUUGAGGGUCUGAUGGAUCGAAUCCCUCUGGUGACUCACCUGAUUGUGAUGACUGGGGGGAAGAAGUUGCCUGCUGUCAAGAACAUCCCCAGCAGGGUGAAGCUGCUCAGUAUGACUGACGUGGAGUACAUGGGAGCCCAACCAGAAAACUUGCAGACCCCUGUCACUCACCCGUGCCGAGAAGACAUAGCUGUAAUCAUGUACACCAGUGGCUCCACAGGGUUGCCAAAGGGUGUUCUUAUCAGCCAUGGCAACCUGAUGUCCGGCAUGUCUGGCCAGUGUGAAAGGAUACCAAAUUUGGGACCACCAGACAUCUACAUAGGUUAUCUCCCCUUAGCUCAUGUUUUGGAACUUAGUGCAGAACUGUCCUGUGUUUCCCAUGGUGUGUGUAUUGGCUACUCCUCUCCCCUCACUCUCACAGACCAGUCCAGUAAGAUAAAGAGAGGUAGUAAAGGUGAUGUGUCAGUCCUACAGCCUACACUGAUGGCUGCCGUUCCUGUGAUCAUGGAUAGGAUCUACAAGGGUGUGUGGGACAAAGUCAAUGGUGGAGGGAAGUUCGGACAGGCCUUAUUUUCAUUCGCUUAUGAGUACAAGAGGAAACAGUUGGAGAAUGGAUAUGAUACACCUUUGCUUAACAAACUUGUCUUCAGCAAGAUCUGUAAGCUCCUGGGAGGGAAUGUGAGACUGAUGCUAUGUGGCGGAGCCCCCCUGUCAGAUGCAACACAGCGUUUCAUGAACAUCUGCUUCUGUUGUCCUGUUGGUCAGGGAUAUGGCCUCACAGAGACUUGUGGUGCAGGAACUGUCACGGAAGUGACAGACCUCAGCACAGGAAGGGUUGGGGCCCCACUGCAGUGCAGCGAGAUCAGACUGCGUGACUGGCCUGAAGGUAACUACACCAGUGCUGACAAGCCCUGUCCUCGCGGAGAGAUCCUGGUUGGUGGCGGCAAUGUCUCCAUGGGCUACUACAAGAAUGCAGAGAAGACCAAGGAAGACUUCACUGAGAUUGGUGGCAUAAGAUACUUCUGUACUGGAGAUAUCGGCCAGUUUGAUGGAGAUGGAUGUUUGAAAAUUAUAGAUCGUAAGAAGGACCUUGUGAAGCUCCAGGCAGGAGAGUAUGUGUCGCUGUCCAAGGUGGAGACCGCUGUGAAAGUGUCCCCCCUGGUGGACCAGAUCUGUGUGUGUGCCGACAGUCUCUACAACUACACAGUGGCACUGGUUGUCCCUAACCAGAAGAACCUGACCAAGCUAGCUCAGGAACUCGGCAUCAAUGGGGUGGAGUUCAACCAGCUGUGUCAGAACACCAGCCUGGUCAAGGAGGUCCUCAAGAGGCUGUCCGUGUUGUCAGCUAAAUCAAAGCUAGAGAAGUUUGAGAUCCCCCAGAAGAUCAAGUUGUGCCCUGAAGGCUGGACACCAGAGGCUGGUCUGGUGACUGAUGCCUUCAAACUGAAGCGGAGAAACAUUGAGGCACAUUUCAAGGCUGACAUACGCUCCAUGUACAGUUGACAUUGAAGCCUACUUAAAGUGUGUUGUGUGGUGGGAGUGUUGACCAUAGAAGGGGCAAGUCACAUGGGAUAAAUGAGUAGAGACAACCACUCAAGGUUGAAACUAGUUCCACACAGUGUGAGUUACAUAUCCUAUAACGCUGAUUGGCUCUGGUGACUUACUGAUAGUACAUGCACCAUUAACCAAUUGUCCUAGAUGUGCUAUACAGAACUAUAACUUAACUUUCCCCUUUUGCUUUUUAGCAUAGUUUAUAUAAGUAUUGUCUUUUAAGAUAUUUUCUGCUCAAGUUCAUGUUCCUACUUUUAUUCCCUCCAUCCCUUUGCUAAACUUUUUGUUGUUAAGUUUAAGAAUUUGAGUAUACAGUGUUACCCUCUAGUGUGUGAAACAUUCCAUGUGUUUAGUCGUAGCAGACAGUGUCUGGAUUACCUUGCUGUAGCCAGCGGUGAUAUUGCCGGGAAUACACUGUGACAAUGUUGCAGUGUGAAGUUAAUGUUGCUGUGUUGCAGUUUGAGUGUAGUGACAAAAGACAGUUUACUCGGUAGUAAAUUGUAUCCCAUUGUGUCUAGGUCCAUCUACACAUCGUGUCCCUUGGGAUUCCAGGUUACAAUUGGUCCCCAGCAACAUAUGCUUGUUGUAAGAGAGGCAAAUGAAAAGAUCAGGUGGUCAGAAGCAGUGACUUGGUUGAUUGCACAUCAUCAGCGUGGGAUGCUGCUCAUAAUAUCAGUCACUGGUUUGCCUUUAGUUCAAAUUUGAUAAUUAACAGGCCGCCAGCAUAAUGCUGCUGUAUUGAAGAGAUCAGUGUUAAACAAAAAACAAAGAAAAGCAUGUGUAGACAAAACUCUGACUUGCUUUAAACCUCUUUAUGUGUAUUAUAAGAUGCUACUUAUGAUGAGGGGCGGUCGGUAGCCUAGUGGUUAAAGCGUUCGAUUCCCGACAUGGGUACAAUGUGUGAAGCCCAUUUCUGGUGUCCCCCGUCGCUAUAUUGCUGGAAUAUUGCUAAAAGCGGCGUAAAACCAUACUCACUCACUCACUCGCUCACUCACUCACUCAGAUGAAACUCAAGAUGAAAGUCAUAGUGGUGAAAUGUUCAUUGAUGAUAAAGAUUUGCAUUUGGAGAGCCACUUGUCAUUUAUUGAACUUGUUCUCUCAUUUCAAAUUCAUUGUCAAUUGGCAAAUAUGUCAAAUUAGUUGACGUUUAUGAGUGAAUAUGCAUUUAAUUUGAAGAAAGAUUUCCUCAAAACUGAAAAUUGAGUUGAUACCUAGUAAGUGGGAUAUAAGGAAAUAUUACAUGAUCAUUAUCCACAUAAUAGUAUAACACAAAUCAUGCUGUGUGUACGUGGACCAGUGACAUAGUGGGAAGAUGGCUUUGCUCAUAUCAUAUUUAAUUUACUCACACAUACAUACCACAUGUACAUUUACUUACCUUGUUUUUAUAUCAUGAAUGUAUCUUAAUUAUCUCUAAGCUUGUGUCACGCUUGUCUUGUAAUCAGCUUCAGAUUAUCAGUGUUACUCAAUGAUCCACUCACAAGAAGAUCUGAUAUUUAUGGCACAUCAUAUCCCAUCACAAAGUAUGCAGAGAAAUAUAUAGCCAAUUAUUUAUGAUUACCAUUUCUGCUCAUUGUUACAAUGAUUAUCAUUUUGUUUAAGUUUAAUAAAUCUAAAAACUAUGGUCAGAUUAUUUUUAUUUUCAGUAAUCCAGUUUGAGUCAUUUUACACUUUUUGUUGCUUUAUUUACUUUCUCAUAUAUCAAGUCACAGAAUUUUACACCAUUAUUUACUGAUUGAAAUGUGAUGUUCUGUAGUCAUGAAUGAACAGUUUCAGAGUUAUUUGGUUGAAUGUUAAAUUUUUCAUGUCAGUCAUUUAUUAUUAAAAUAUUGUUAUGGAGUUACACCACAUUAGGAUUCAUUUGUGAUAUCGACACUAAGGUGGUGAUGCUUCUGGUGUGUGAUUAAAAGGUAAUUGUGACAGUUAACACAUUAACAUAUAUUUUACUGUUAAAACAGUAUAGAGCACUACAUGGUUGUACCUAGAAACAUGUUGAAUUAAAUUUUAUUUUAGACUGUCAUAAUCGAGAUACUCAUCUAUAAACAUGCUUGUUUUUUUACAUGUUAUGAUAUAACGAAGUGUGUCAUAAAUGUGUGCUAAUUAUGUGUGCAAUUUGAUUGUAGUUAACUCAGUGAGAAUAUGAAAUCAACGAAUGAUUGUAGUGAUGUUGACAAGAUGAAUAUCUGAGUGAAAGAUGCUUGCAUUCAGCAUGGCUCGCUUGGUGAGCAUGAUGUGUACCUUAAAGCUUACAGCAUGUUGUUAUGGAAUGAUACUGUAGUUUAUUGUAGUAAGAGAGAUUUGAAAGAAUGCCAGUAUAAUGAUUGUAUCGAUGUAGCGUUUUAUUUUUCAUAUCAAACUUUGGUACCGUUCAUUUUUAAAAAAUGUUUACGUAAACGCUUUCAUUAACUGCACAAAGAACCUAUGUACUGAUAUUGUCUCAUGCAAGAUCCUGAAUAAUCCUGCAAAGGAAUAAUUUGAUGCAUUAUCAUAUGUGACAUCUUCACCUGAGAGUUAACACAAAAGAGCCUGUUUGUUGUGAAAUUUGCACAGCACUGACAGUCUUACUAGUCUACAAUUUACACUUAUCGUACAUUUCAAUCAGACAAAAGUCUGUUUUUCCUGAUCAUGGCAAUAAUAUCCUUGCUACAAUGUCUGUAGCAAACUAAUAAUUUCUUCUUUCUUCUGUUGUCAAUUUAUUUUCAUGACUAGGGAUUACUGCUGUGUGAUUCUGACAAAUGUGUAUUGGCUAAUAUCCACAUGUAGGUUGACUCAAAGUUUCACAUGAGUUCAUUACUUCUAGUUGUAGUUGAAAUAAUUAAUUGCUGUGGGAGAAGUGUUCCAGGUGAGUUCAAAAUGGUUUUGUUGGACAAGAGUAUAAACAGCCGAUAUACAUCUCCAUGUACUUGAUAGCAUCAUCAUCAAAGUUGUCAUCCAUCUUGGCUGAUGAUGAGUAUAUUCCAUAAUACCUACAAUGCUUAUCUCCAUUCUAGAUUACAUUCACUAUGUCUUGAUUAUCAAUAAAGUGCUGUCAUUCAA